AUGUUAUGGAGAGGUUUAAUGGUUAUAACAAAUAGCCAAAGUCCAGUUGUUGUAGUAUUAAGUGGAUCUAUGGAGCCAGGAUUUUAUAGAGGAGAUAUAUUAUUCCUAUAUAAUAGGAAAUCUAUAGAAAUAGGUGAUAUUGUAGUUUUUUCUUUAGAUGGCCGUGAUAUCCCUAUUGUACAUAGGGUUAUAUCAUAUCAUCAAGGAUCAUCAUCUGAUGACUUUAGUAUAUUAACUAAAGGAGAUAAUAAUAAUGUUGAUGAUCGUGGACUUUACAAUAAUAAUCAGCUUUGGCUCAAAAAAGAACAUAUAUUAGGAGUAGCAGUAGGCCUCUUACCAAAAGUUGGAAUGAUAACUAUUUGGUUAAAUGAUUAUCCAUGGUUUAAGUAUGCACUUGUUGGUAUUAUGGGAAUUUCAGUUCUACUUGGAAGAGAGUGA